GCACUUUUGUCCUGGCUAUGCUAGGGCUGAGUCUCUACUGACAAAAUUCAGACCGGAGCUCUCCGCUGGUUUGUAGCAGCAGUGGGAUCCGUAGUGUCAUCUGGCCCAUAUUUAACACUAUGGCAUCUAGAGCUGCAGGAUUACAUGACAGAGGGCUUCCAGUGGUAGCAGGCAACCUGUACUCGCACUCUUGCUGUUAUUCUUAUUUGAUUUUGUAUUACAGUAAUGCUAGGAUUCCCAAGCCAGCGUUGGGGCUGCUUCUUGCCUGGUGCUGUACAGUCGUGUAACAAGGAGACAAUGUCAGCAUGCAGAGCUCACUAUCCACAGGCCAGGGAUGCUUUUCCCAAAAAUUGCCAGUCUAGAGGCAGCCAUAGGGUCUAGCAUAGUCAUGGCUUGUAUGUGGAUAAGAGAGUGCUGCUGUGACUCUGACACAAUGUGUGGCUCUACGGCUUUGUUGCUGUAGCAUUUUAUGCAUUACCAUGUCACCAGCGGUGUGUGUGUAUGUUGCUGUCACACUCUGUGUGGUCUGGGGAUGUGUUUUGUUGUGUGUUGUGGCACUGAAUGUGUGUUUGUGUGUGUGGUAGCAGUGCUUCUUCAGUGUUGCUAUUUAUAAGUUGUGCUGCUAUGUGUGGUAGUUUUAUGUGAUGAUGCUGCCUCUCUCAUGUUUGUGUGUAAUUGUGUGUUGUAUGGCUAUGUUACACUGUCUUGUGACAGUGCCUCUCUGUUGUAUUAUUGGGUUGCAUGGCUGUGUUCUGGGGUGAUGGGGCUGUGUGUGGUUGUCCUUCUGUAUAUGGCAGUGUACCUCUGUGUGGCUCUGUGAGGCUGUGUUGCUGCAUUUGUAGAUCUGUGUGUGGUUGACACACACUGUGUGUACCAGUGUGUGCUGUGGUGUUGCAAUGUGUGGUUGUGUUGCAAUGUGUGCACUGUUGUGGUGCAGUAUGCAUAUGUGCAGGUACAGUUGUGGGGUGCAUGUGCAUGCAUGGUGCACACACAGUUGUGUUGCAGUGUGUGCGCAGUGCUGGUGCAGUAUAUAGUGAUGGUGCACUAUGCAUGUGGUAGUGGUGCAUUGUCGGUGUGCAGGAUAUGGUGGUGGUGCAGUAUGUGUGUUGCAGCAUGUGUGCGCAUGCCGUGGGGGUGCGGUGUGUAGUUGUGGUACAGUGUGCAGUGUGUGGCGGUGUUGUACUGUGUGGGUGUGUUGCGAUGUGCAGUGCAACGGGGUGCAGCGUGGUUGUGGUGCCGUGUGCAAUUGUGGUGCAGUGUGUAUUGCAGGGUGGGUACAGUGUGUGGUUGUGGUGCAGCAUGUGCAUUGCACGGUGCAGCGGGGGUGCAUUGCACGGUGCAGCGGGGGUGCAUUGCACUGUGCAGCGGGGGUGCACUGUGUGGCUGUGAUGCAGCGUGUGCGUGCCCUGGGGUGCAGCGCACGGCCGGGCUCUGGCUGCAGGUGGCAGUGAGGGGAUUGAUCCGCUCCCGCACGUCGGCGAUGACUUCAGCAGCCGCCUGUCCCCCAGCCCAGCCGGGGAAGGCUCCCGCCCCGCGCUCGCCAGAGAGCCGGGCCGCCCGGGGGCCAGGCCGGCGCCGCCGCAGCAGCCGGGGCAGAGCCGCCGCGAGCAGCGAGGCUUCAUCCACCAUGGACCCGCUUUGCCCCAAGCCUCUGAGCUGAGGCACUGGACUCCCCUUUUGGGGGUGGGAGUGUGUUUAUUUUUGUGAAGAUGAACCUGACAGACAGGCUGCAGAACUGGGCUGACCCAAGGCGCCUGGAUCCUUUCAACACCUCCCUACAGCUGCUGCACUCUCUCAGUGGAAAUUCCACCUCUUCCUCUUUCCAGGGGGAUCUCCAGGAAAUCAUCCACACAGCCACACUGGUCACCUGCACCUUUCUGCUGGCCAUCAUCUUCUGCCUGGGGUCCUAUGGCAACCUCAUUGUCUUCUUGUCCUUCUUCGACCCAGCCUUCAGGAAAUUCAGGACUAACUUUGACUUUAUGAUCCUCAACUUGUCCUUCUGUGACCUCUUCAUUUGUGGGGUAACUGCCCCCAUGUUUGCCUUCGUCCUGUUUUUCAACUCUGUGAAUGGUGUUCCUGAUGCUUUCUGUUUUACUUUCCACCUCACCAGCUCUGGCUUCAUCAUCAUGUCUCUCAAGACAGUGGCUGUGAUUGCCCUGCACCGGCUGCGGAUGGUGCUGGGGAAGCAGCCCAACCGAACUGCCUCCUUCCCUUGCACUCUCCUGCUCACCUUGCUCUUGUGGGCCACAAGCUUCACCUUGGCUACCUUGGCCACCCUGAGAACCCGUAAGUCCCGCCUCUGCCUCCCCAUGUCCAGCCUGAUCAGUGGGGAAGGGAAGAUCAUCCUCUACUUGUAUGUGAGUGAUUUCAUUUGCUGUGUAGCUGUGGUCUCAGUCUCCUAUAUCAUGAUAGCUCAGGCAUUGAGGAGAAAUGCCCAAGUGAGGAAAUGUCCCCCCAUCAUCACAGUAGAUGCCUCCAGACCGCAGCCUUUCAUUGGACCUCUUGCUUCAGGAGGGGUGGAUGGGGUGCAGUGUGCCGUGCCUGCUUUGUACAGGAACCAGAACUACAACAAGUUGCAGCAUGUCCAGACCCAUGGCUACAGUAAGAAUCUCAGCCAGCUGCCAGCUCCAGCAUCCACCAGGCUCCAACUGGUGUCUACAGUGAAUUUGUCCACAGCUAAAGACUCCAAAGCGGUGGUGACAUGUGUGGUCAUUGUCCUCUCUGUCUUAGUUUGCUGUCUCCCCCUGGGGAUCUUCUUGGUGCAGGAUGUGCUGUCCAGGAAUGGUGGUUUCAUCCUCUACCAGUUUGAGUUGUGUGGAUUUACCCUCAUUUUUUUCAAAUCUGGAUUAAAUCCUUUUAUAUAUUCCCGGAACAGUGCUGGACUUAGGAGGAGAGUCCUUUGGUGUCUCCAGUAUUUAGCCCUUGGUUUUUUCUGCUGCAAGCAGAAGACAAGGCUUCGAGCCAUGGGCAAAGGGAGCUUGGAUGUCAACAGAAACAAGUCAUCCCAUCAUGAAACCAAUUCGGCAUACAUGUUGUCUCCAAAACCUCAGAAAAAGUUUGUGGAUCAAGCUUGUGGUCCUAGUCAUUCUAAGGAAAGUGUGUUGAGUCCCAAGGCUUCUGUUGGACAUCAGCACUAUGCACAGAGCAGCUCAACCCCCAUGAAUACCCACAUUGAACCUUAUUACAGCAUCUAUAACAGCAGCCCUUCGCAGGAAGUGAGCACGCCAAAUAGCUUACAGCCAGUAAAGUCUACUUUUGGAUUUGCCAAAUCCUAUAUUGCCAUGCAUUAUCAUACCACUAAUGACUUGGUGCGAGAUUAUGACAGCACUUCAGCUAAACAGAUUCCUGUCCCCUCUGUUUAACUUGGAGGAUGAUAUCAGAGAAACUUGUCCACGCUUCAUCUGGUUUUCUGUCUCCCCUUGUUUGUUUUUAUUCAUGAUUAUUCUAAACUCAAAGGUAUAGUAUUAUAUCUGAUUUUGCUAUCCAGUUGCCAAUUUACAAAUUACUAUUAUUGUUAAUAUUCAGUUAUUUAGAGUUGAACUAAGCAGUAGAAUACUGUUUCCACAAUAUUUUUUUGAAAUUGUAUAAUUUUUCAUUAAUAAAAAGGACAUCUUUUAGAUUUGUAUUUGGAAUAGUUAUAUUAGGGUGUUUUUGUUACUAAAUUUUAUGCUGAACACUGUAAGUGUGGAAAUUGUAGGUUUAAUUACAUCAUAUGGCAAAGUAUGUAAAGAAAACAGACUUUGCCAACAUUAUGGUUUGUUAUAUAUUUGCUGUAUUUUUAAGAAUGUAGAAAACCUUGUUUCCAGCGAAUUGGGUGGAUGCUUAAGGAUUUAUCUUGAUAACUUAAGUAUAAAGUUUGUUUUAUUUCAGGUGUUGAACAAAUGAAUAAUAUUCCUAUAACAAGUGCCAGACUGAGUAAAUUUUUCUAUGGUUCUAACGUGAAAUCCUGACUUUAUUGAAGUCAAUGGAAAAUUCUCACUGACUUCAGUGGGACCAGGAUAUCACUCCUGGUUACUUAUAAAUAGCUGUAUAUCACUACCUAUUAGGAAUGAUCCUUGCAAGAGGCAUUGUGCCUUGUUAUAUGGUAAUCUUAAUUUUUGUUAUACCUUUAUUGUAGGCACCGGUGUCAUAAAAUACCAUUUUAAUGGUAUAUGGAGAAAUGAUUUUCAACCGAUAAAAGUUAACUUGCAAUGCCUAAUUAUAAGUUUUACUUGAGGAUACAAAUGACAAUUGCAAUAUCACAGUGCUGACAUUUAUUGCUAAUGCAGUAGCCUAUGUAAUUUUCUACUUUACAAACUGUUACCUGAGGAGCAGUGUUGUUAUUUGGUUUUUGUCUAUGACUUUAUAUAUUUGGCAAAUUAGGAUCUGACAUUGCCAUCAAAUGCGGGUAGAAAUUACUAAUAUCUGGAAAAAACAAAAUUACCAAGUAAUCAUAAUAUUACUACUCUUUUUUCAGAUUUUCUUAUCUACUAAAACAUUUUAAAACAGUCUAGUGAUGAAUUAUUUACCAUGAAAUCAGAUUAUUUGUCUAUUUCUGCAUUUUAUCUACAGCCCUACAUAAGCAACAAAAUAUAGAAGUUAAAUAUUUUUAUAAUGCUGAUAUUUAGUUUUAUUGUAUUAUGUGUUGUGGAAAUCCCAUUGAAACAGGAUGGUUUUAGUUUUAAAAUAAAGUUUUUGCUAUUAAAUCGGCAGCCAAAAUUUUCAGAUUUGUGUUCUUAAAGUCAGUCACUUAAAUAUGUGGACUGUAUUUCAAAAGUGCUGAACACCUCUGAACUCCUAUAGACUUCAGCAGAAGCUCUGAAAUAAUUAACCCACUUACAAGUUCAGGUGCCUCACUUUAGCUACUCAAAUUUGAAAAAGUUGGCAUCUUUAAUUAACAAAAUUACAUCGUUCAGUUCCAGGAAAAUGAUUUAUUAUUUAGAAAAAGAAAAACAUCCUUUCAUAGUAAUAUGAAUUGUUUUAGCUGGCUUUUUUAGAAACUAAACUAUUUUACAGUGUUUUCACUGAAGAAUGUCACUUUAAUGAACAAUUUUCUUAGUUUAAAGAAAAUAAAAUAUAAUAAUCAGUAAUUUAAACGGUUUCAGAAUAGCAGCCGUUUUAGUCUGUAUUCGCAAAAAAGAAAAGGAUUACUUGUGGCACCUUAGAGACUAACAAAUUUAUUUGAGCAUAAGCUUUCGUGAAGUGAGCUGUAGCUCACGAAAGCUUAUGAUCAAAUAAAUUUGUUAGUCUCUAAGGUGCCACAAGUACUCCUUUUCUUUUUUUAGUAAUUUAAACAUGACAUAAUUUCUUGCAGUAAGCAAUCGAAACAAAUUUCUAUCACAAAGGUAAAGUUGAAAUAAUUUCAAUGGUUCCUUUCUCCAGACCCAGAUAUUUUUUUCUGUGAAUGAAUAACAUAGUCCUCGCUAAAGUGACGAUAAAAUAUAAUUAACUAAAAUGUCUCACGUUUGUUUUUUUUCUGUUUUUGGAUUACUCCUUAGCAUGAUGCCCCAUAAUUUUUUGGGGUGGAGAUGAUGGUAUGGGCUUGAUCCUGCAGUUCUCACUCAGACACCACACUGAUUGCACUAAGUGGCAGCUUUACUUGAGAAAGGAUAUUAGGACUGGGCUCUGACUCUGAGAAAUGGAUGCAGGAUUGGGUCCUAUAUGUACUUAACGUGUACAUCUCCUGUUCUGCAUUCCUGGCAUGUCCGAACCUCCCACUGAAGUCAGUGAGAGUUUUGGGUGUUCAAGGAUUGCUGGAUCAGGUUUUAAGGUGGUUUGUUUGUUUAUGCUCCUUAAAUUAAGCAUUUUGCUUUGAAUUAUGUGAUAACAUAACAUGACUAAGGGUUAUGAUCACUUUGCUCAUAAAAGUAAAUGUAUUCAAUAUUUGCAUGAUGAGUAAAGUGAGAAAGGGAUUGAAAUCUUUUCAAAAUAUUUUAUAAUGUUUUUUCUUAAGUUAACUGCUGAUGUAACUUUGUAUUCCUAAUAUUUUUAAAUGUUUGUAGUCUUAGAUGAUAAAAUGUAGCAUUUCUGAACUUUUAACUGCAAUAAGAACAGUGUCCAAUUUCAGUUGUCCUACAUAAUAUUAAAUAACAAAGCAUUUUGUGGAGCUGAAUGUAUGUGAUAAAUAGAACAUAUAUUAUGUUGCUGUAAUUUUAUUGAAGUGAUGCCUUAAUUUAAGUAUCAGGAGUCAUUAGAAGAUCACAAAAUAAGUGAUUUUUAUCUCCAGUAAUCUUAUUUAUUUGUACUAUAGUAGUACCUAAUUGCCCCAUCAAAUCAGGACACCAUUAUGCUGGACACAGAAUAAAAUUCCCUUACUUCCUAAAAAAGUGACAGUCUAACUGAGACAAGACGCAACAUGUGAAUGGUUAGGGGGGUGGACCACCCAUACUAAGAGAUUGAAAGGAAUGGAGAUGAAUAAGAGAGAAUAUGAUAAAAGUAUAUAAAAUACUGAAUGGUUUAGAGAUGGUAGAUCUGGAGCUUCUGUUCUCCCUGUCUGAUAACAGAAGAAGUGAAACUGAAAGGUGGCAUGUCCUUGUAUUAUAACACAGAAUUAGACUGGAGAACUCAUAGCUGCAUAAUGUCAUUGAGACCAAGAAUCUACCAAGAUUCAAAGAGGGAUUGGACACUGAUACGAGUAAUAAGAACAUCCAGAGUUAUAAUAGUUAAUGCCAAGAAAUUUUGGAAGGAUAUAAAACCUCCUGCUUCAGGAUUUAAAACAUUUUCUGAUUUAGGGAUUAGGAUAAAACCUUCAUGGGGAGGGGGCAGAUUAUCCUUACUGUGGGGUUACUUCACCUUCCUCUGAAGCAUCUGAUGCUGAUCAUUGUUUGAGAUGGGAUAUUCUGUAACAAAUAUAUGGAAGAAAUGAGGAGGAAAACACUAAUAUUAGUCAGAUGCACGGUGCACAGUGCACAGCCAGAUGAUUUUCAGUUGAUUAAUUUAUUUUAUAAACUAAAAGAAUAAAUCCUUACUGGUCAUCUACUUAGUGGUUAUAAUUUGGCAAUUUCUCAUAGACUUCAUGGUAAAAAUAGAUAUGGGGAGGAGACCAUCAGGGGGCCAAAAUAACAUGGCUCUCUGAAGCCUGAGCUUUGAGGGGAUAGCAAAGAAUUUGCCUCCAUCAACCCCCACACCCCCAAACCUACAAAACUUCCCACAAAAACAGACAAUACUGUUGCAGAGGAUGGAUUCUCCAAGGAAUUCUGAACAUUUAAAAAGAUAACUCACUAAGGGUAUGUCUACACUAUGAAAUUAGGUCAAUAUUAUAGAAGUCGAUUUUUAGAAAUCGAUUUUAUACAGUUG